GCGUCAGCUGGCGGCGGCGGCGUAGGGUCGGCACGCGGCCCGUUUCUGGUGCCGCUGACUCGUGCACGCCCGCUGCGCCGUGCCCGUGCCCGUGCUGAAGGUCGCCAUGGUCAGGGACGCCGAGCCGGCGCGGCGCGGCGCACGACCGACCGGCCCAGCUGGCGGCGGUCGGCGGUCGGCGGCGGCGGCGGGCAGUCGGUCUGACGAGGGGCGGCGCAGGCAAAGCUGCCAGUGGUGCGGCGGCGGGCCGACGGUACAGGUGGUGCCGCGGAGUGAGAGUGGUGCUGCGAACCGGUGCGCGAUGACACUGCCGCUACGAGCCGCGGCCGGCCGGGUGGCGCCGGGGGCGCGUCACUUCAGCGUGACGGCCCAACAACGAGCCAGCAAAGCGUACAAACUCGUGGUGGUCGGCGGCGGCUCUGGGGGCUGCAGCGUGGCCGCCAAGUUCACCAGGAAGCUCGGCAAAGGACAGGUGGCUGUCAUCGAGCCGGCAGAGAAGCACUACUACCAGCCCAUGUGGACGAUGGUCGGCGGCGGGAUGAAGACGGUGGAGCAGUCGGCGCGGCCCAUGAAGGACGUGCUGCCCGCCCAGGCCGACUGGAUCCGGGAGAGAGCGGUGGCGUUUGACCCAAAGUCCAACAAGGUGACCACCAGCUCCGGCGACGAGGUCACCUACGAGUACCUGGUGGUCGCCAUGGGCAUCCAGAUCAACUGGGACGCGAUAAAGGGUCUGAAGGAGGCGCUGGACACGCCCGGCGUGUGCUCCAACUACUCGCCCAAGUACGCGCCCAAGACGUUCGAGGAGCUGAAGGCCUUCAGAGAGGGCAACGCAAUCUUCACCUUCCCCAACACGCCCAUCAAAUGUCCCGGGGCGCCUCAGAAAAUACUCUACAUCGCCGAUCAGUACCUGAGAAAGGCAGGGAAGCGCGACAAGGCGACGCUCAUCUACAACACCUCGCUGCCGGUGCUGUUCGGCGUGAAGAAGUACGCCGAGUCGCUGUGGAAGGUGGUCGAGGACCGCGGCAUCGUCGUCAACAACCGGCGCUGCCUGACCGAGGUGCGGCCCGACACGCGCGAGGCCGUCUUCGUCGACCUCGACCGGCCCGAGCACCAGUUUAUCGACAAGUACGAGCUGCUGCACGUGACGCCCAACAUGUCGGCGCCGGACGUGCUGAAGGCGUGUCCGGCGCUGACCGACGCCGCCGGAUACGUAGACGUGGACAAACACACCCUCCAGCACAACCGGUACCCGAACGUGUUCGCCAUCGGCGACUGCUCCAGCGUGCCCACCUCCAAGACGGCCGCCGCAGUAGCGGCCGAGUGCGGCGUGCUGGGGAAGAACCUGUGGUCGGUGAUGUCGGGCGGCCAGUGCACGGCCUCCUACGACGGCUACACCUCCUGUCCGCUCGUCACCGGCUACAGCAAGUGCAUCCUGGCGGAGUUCAAGUUCGACGGCGUGCCGCUGGAGACGUUCCCCAUCGACCAGGGCAAGGAGCGCUGGGCGCCCUUCGUCAUGAAGAAGGAGCUGAUGCCCUUCCUCUACUGGCAGCUGAUGCUCAAGGGCUACUGGAACGGUCCGAAGGUGAUCCGAAAGGCGCUCCACCUGGGCAUGAGCGACUGAGCAGCGGCUGCCGCGCGCCGCCCGGCCCAGCGGCUGGCCCCGCGGCCGGCCCAGUGUCUGCCCUCCCAGCGGCUCUCAGCGACUGGCCUGGUGACUGCUUCAGUGACUGUCCCAGCGGCUGACCCUCCCGCCACCGGGGGCUGUCCCAGUGUCUACCCCUCCCGCCACCGGCGGCUGUCCCAGUGUCUACCCCUCCCGCCACCGGGGGGCUGUGCCGGUACCGGGGCUGUCGGAGCGGCUGCCCCUCCCGCCACCGGGGGCUGUGCCGGUACCGCGGGCUGUCAGAGCGCCCAGUGGCCGACUGACGACGGCGCGCGGCGUCUGAACGAAAGGGUCGCUUCAGCGUGUCACUGCUCCAGUGCCGUCCGCAGUGACUACAAUGGGUCCCUGCAGUGACCUCAGUGCGUUGCUGCAGCGACAGAACUGUGAGUCUGUGACACGAUCGAAUGUUGCACAUGACCAGUGCGUGGGUGUAGGUUCAGACUCGGUGGGUCUUUUCACAAGAGUCACGCCACUGAGAUGAGUAUGUUGAACAUACAAAUAUUUCUAGGCUGUUGAUGUUUUGUGUUAGGUUUAGGGGCCGUAAUUUUGACGAACGUCGAGGGACUGCGCUGAUGAGUUUUUAUAAGAAUGCCCAUAUCAGAGUUCUGUGACGUUAUCCAAGGGGUUCGCUCGCUUGUUGUCGUAUGCUACAGCAACGAAGGAACAAAAUCGGUGCAAUCUCCUUUGUGCUAACUUUUAAUAGUAGAAAUAUAUUCAGAGAAG